AUGUUACAGUUGCUUGAAGACGAUUCUCAUUGGGAUAAUAAGCUCAAGGAUGACAUCAUAUCCUCAUCUUCGCAUCAAGUGUGUACAUUGUUUGCGAUUAUAAUUCCAACAUGUUUUUCCUCAAAUCUGGAAGAUUUGUGGAUCAAAUACAGAGAUGACAUGUCUGAAGAUAUUUUACAUAGUGCGCGUUGUCAAACAUUCAAUCCGGCACUACAAAUUACUGCAGAAAUUUAUAAUAAAACUUUGAUCAUGAUAGAGGAUAUAUGUUUAUUGAUGGCAAAUAAAGUAUUAUCAUGUUUGGGCCUGACAGCACCAAACCGUUGUGUUCGAUAUGCAUUUAAACAUGAGUUAAGAAAAGAGCAACAGUAUGAUAUUGAAACAUUGACCAAACUAGUUUGCACAGCUAUUCCAAAGUUGAAUGAUCAUCAAAGGAUUAUAUAUGAUGAUUUAAUACAAGCUGUGAACAGUGGAUCUGGGGGGAUUUUUUUUCUUGAUUCUCCUGGUGGUACUCGAAAAACAUUCCUGAUAUCAUUGCUAUUGGCAAAGAUCAGAUCGCAAAAUGACGUAGCUCUAGCAUUGGCUUCAUCAGGAAUAGCUGCAACAUUGUUAGAAGGCGGCCGAACUGCACAUUCAGCAUCGAAGUUACCUCUGAAUAUGCAAAAUGAAACACCAAUUUGCAAUAUCAGAAAAACUAGCGCCAUGGCCAAGAUACUUCAGACAUGCAAAUUGAUUAUCUGA